UGACCACAGUUUCCAGCUUUUCUCCAGCGGGACGGUAGCAACGGCACACACACACACACACACACACACACACACACACACACACACACACACACACACACACACACACACACACACACACACACACACACACACACACACACACACACACACACACACACAGAGAGAGAGAGUCAGCGGGGAGCUCCGAGGCACACGAGCAGCGCGUCGGCGGCUGAAAAGUCACGUUAAAAGCCACCAGAUCCGAAAUGCGAGUCUCUAAUUCGACGAGAUAACAGCGUCCAGACUUUUGGAAGUCGUUGGACUUCGUCCUGAGCACAAACCUGUGAGAAAAGCCUGAAACUACACACUACGGGUGAAGAGAUCGAAACCAUUUUUCUCAGUUUGUAACUUAUUUUGACAACAAUGAGUGCCCGAGCAGCCAUCAACAAAGAGAUCUUUAUCCCACACAAUGAGAGGAUGUUGGCAGCCGUGCAGGUGAAAAGGAGGACUAAGAAGAAGAUUCCCUUCCUGGCUACAGGAGGCCAGGGCGACUACAUGACUUUCAUCUGCCUAUCAGUGACUAACAAGAAGCCAACUGAGAUCUCUAUCACAAAAGUAAAGCAGUUUGAGGGCUCUUCUUCUUUUGUCAAAAGAUCCCAGUGGAGUCUCGACCAGUUGCGGCAGGUGAACGGCAUUGACCCUAACAGGGAUUGUCCAGAGUUUGACCUGACAUUUGAGAACGCUUUUGACCAGUGGGUGGCCGGCUCAGCUGGUGACAAGUGCAUAUUUGUGCAGGUCCUACACAACACAUGCCAGCGCUACAGUGCAGAAAGAAAACCAGAGUUUGUCAACUGUCAAUCCAAACUGCUGGGAGCAGAAGAUCAAUCAGUAAAUACAGUCAUUUUCCGUUGCAAGAUCUUUUUGAACAGAAUGAGGAAGACAGUUAUGUCAGAUCCAGGUGUUCUACUUCAAGCAGGUAACAGCAUCCUGCAUACUGCAGCUGACAGCGUGACUAGUGCAGUGCAGAAGGCCAGUCAGGCACUGAACGAGCGUGGAGAGAGACUGGGUCGUGUGGAGGAGAAAACUGGAGACAUGAUGAACAGUGCUCACCAAUUCGCUGAUACUGCACAUAAGCUGGCCAUGAAGCACAAAUGUUAAACAGCACCAAAACAGUUCUGCCAAAGGGUUCUGCCAGCAACACUCAGACAUACCUAGAGUGGAUGGAUUUUAGAAUUUUAACACUAGUAUUAUGCUGUUCUACCCCCCCCCCCCCCCUUUUUUUUUUUUAAAAUAAAAAACAACAUCUUCCUGGUGUUUCCAGAAAAGUAGCUGGUGGUUAAAGAUGCCUUCCCCAAUGAUUUGAUGAAAAAGCAGAUAGGGCCUUUAAUGUUUUCAGAAUCAUCUCUUCUGGAUUCUUUCUCAGAGGGAAGAGGUGCAGAGAUUCCUGGAAUCAGGGUUUGUUUACUAAAGGAAACGGGCUUCUGUGUUACAUUUAGGGCCAGUUUAACUGAAUGUACAGAAGACCACUUUUAGCCAUUGCCUAAGUGUCAUACCACUUAUGAAUCUAUUAUCCCACAAUACAUUUCAUACCAUCAGUGAGCUCUAGUCCAUAAGUGGAGAGGACUGAAUGUUGCUUAGGCAUAAUAUAACCAUUUUUAAAAAUAUACUAUGAAAAUGCACAUAUUUUUGGUCAGAGAUUUCAUACAUUCCAAUCAUGAAAUUAAAAAACAGACUCAUAAAAUUUGAAGCUGAAAUAAAUGCUUAACAAUGUAUGUAGUUGUAUAUCUAACCUUUAACUUUUAAAUCAAAAUUAUCAAAUGCAUUGUGCACUGUUGUUUUGUUUUUGAUCAUGUUCUUCAGAUAUCAGUAGAUUGCAUUUAAAUAAAGACUGAAUUGAUCACUAUGUCAAAAGUGCAUAUGUUCCAGUUUUAGCUUUGGGAAUUCAUUAUCAAAUAAAAAUAUUAGGUAAGAAGAGUUCACAGCGGGCCUUUUGAGAUCACUUGCUUGUGCAAAACUUGUGAGAAAUAUUUAUUGACCCUUAAAACUUUACACCACAGUUGCCAUUGAUUUUAUUGUUUUUUUUUACAACAGUUGUUUGGUAUUAAGUGGAAACUAUACAAGUUUAGCUUAGUUCAACUGUACUCUGUGUUACAUCCUAAUCACAGUGCACUGCCACUACCAAUGAGCUAUUAACAGUGUAAGUGACUUUCUUUGCUCUGUAACCGUAUGUGAUCAUGUUACAUGAUUGAUUUGCUUGUAUGGGUGAAUUGAGAUAACCUUUGAUUAAUUCAUGCUCAAACUAUAUAAUUACAAGUUGGUCCUCAUGUAAAAUAAAUUAGAUUAGAUAUUUUUAAGAAUUUGUAUAACAUGUUUGUGAACCCCAGAGCACCUCAGUUUUAUUGGUAGCAAUAUAUCGUGGCUUUCAAGUAGUACUUAGUAACUGUAGCUGUUUACAUAAUAGCAGAAUUCAUUACAGACAGCAGCUUACUGAGUCUGAAGUGCUCGUUUAACUCAUAUGGGGUUUUUUCAGUUUAGCAUGCAGUUAUGAAGCACUGAAAUCUUUAUCAUUACCCUUUAGCAGAAAAUUCUAAAUACCACACUGGUCAUUAUUUUAAUAAAAAUGUGAACAUGCUGACUGCAUAUGUAAUAUCAGCUGGUCAUCAAUUCCAACUGCACGAUUGUUCAUGUUUUUCUUACAUUUUUUUUAGUGUUUUUACACAAUUCAUUUCCAGACAAACAAAUUUACAGAUUUGUCCUGAAAACGUCAUUUUAAUUGACCAUGCUAGCAGUAGUUAGUUUUUAAACUCUGUGAAUGUACAGUUUAUUGUUUGGGUUUGUAUUCUUCUUCUUCUUCUUCUUAUUAUUAUUAUUAUUAAAAAAUUUAAUGGCUAGUUGAUUUGAGAUUAAUAUUAGAUGUUGAGAUUAAUGGUAACAUACAGCAGUUCUCCAGUUCUCCAGGUCCAGUGCUGGAGGAUGAAAAUUGAAAAGAUUCUCAGCCUUAGGUUCAGUUUUUAAAUGUGGAUAAAUGUUUAAAACUGAAGUCAAAUUUUGAAUGUGAAACACCUUUAUAGGUGAAAUAAAGAAAGACAUUGUAUUAAAUUGUAUGCUCUACAUUCCGUAAGUGCUGUCGGUAAAGAAGGUGAAAAGUUCAAACGUUAGAUUAGAGAUCCAGCACAACAUGUUGAUUUAUUCCCAAUAGUUAGUGCCUUUGUCAAAUAUAUUUUUAAAAUUUGUUUAAUAGUUGUUUUCUGUAGCGUAUGCUUUAUUUAUAAAGUUUUGUUUGGAUUGUGUAUUCUGUUAUCCAUUCCAAAAUAAUCUCCUCAUUAAUCCCAGUUAAAAUAUCAUAGUAUUGUUUUUAUAUGAAGUUUAACAUCUAAAUCAUUUUACUAGUAAAUGUUAUACAGUGUAUAUGUUCACAUGGUAUGUCAUAACUGUAAGGAAUGUGGUUUCCCAUUUAUUUUUCAAAAGCUCCUUCAAGUAUCUCUCCAAAUCCAGGCAUGACUGAUGCACCUGUAGUGUGUAAAUAAAAAAUACUUGACAUUC